AUGACGGAUAUUGAUGCAAUUGAUUUAGAUCUUGUGAUUCCAAAAUCACAAUAUGCUAUAUAUGAAUACCAUUUUUCACAAGCUGAUCGGCUUGAUCAUGGCAUAGUAAGUUCAAUUGAAGCAAAUAAUUAUUUUCAACGUUCUCGUUUAAAACCUGAUCAAUUAAAAGUAAUUUGGAAUUUAUCUGAUCUACACGGUCGUGGUUAUUUAGAUCGACGAGGAUUUUAUGUUGGACUUAAAUUAAUUGCAUUAGCACAAAAUAAUUUAGAUUUUCAUGAUUAUUCAAAUAUAACAAAAGAUAUUGUACCACCUAAUGUAGGUAGUGACAUACCACAAUCAAUAAUUUUAUCUGUUGCUGAUAUGUGGACAAUAGGACCAACAGCUCGAUGUACAUUUGAUCGUGCAUUUGAAAAAUUAAGUGGUCCAAUGAAUAAAAUUCCUGGUUCAUCAGUUAAACCAAUAUUUCUUAAAUCAGGUUUAUCAGCUGAUCAAUUACAUAAAAUUUGGGAAUUAAGCGAUAUUGAUGAAGAUGGUGCAUUGGAUAGAAAUGAAUUUGCUAUUGCUAUGUUUCUUAUUCAUGGUUUAAAAUCAUCGACAAUACGUGAGUUACCUGAACGUGUACCAACAAAUUUACUGCCAAUACGAAUGCGUCGUGCAUCAGGUGUUGAAAGUGGUAUUGUAUUACCAAAUUUAGUUCCAAAUACAAAUAUAUUAACAUCAAUAACACCAUUACAAAUUUCACCAUCGAAAAGAACUGAUGAUAAUUGGAUUGUUAGUGCAGAAGAAAAACAAAAAUUUGAUAUUUUAUUUCAACAAUUAGAUCUUGAUAAAGAUGGUUUUCUUGCAGGUGGAGAUGUUUUUCAAACAUUUCUUGCAAGUGGUUUACCAAAUUUUGUUUUAUCACAUAUUUGGAAUCUAUGCGAUAUUGGUCAAACUGGAAAACUUAAUGCAGAACAAUUUGCAUUAGCAUCAUAUUUUAUUAGUCUAAAAUUAAAAGCUGCAAAUUAUCAACUUCCAAUGGAACUUUCACAUGAUAUGAUUCCACCAUCGCUUCGACCAAAAACAUUUUCAAUAAAUGAAAGUGAUAAUGGUGAAUUACAACAAUUAUUAAGUGAAGUAAAUACAUUAACAAGUGAAAAAAGUUUAUGCGAAAUUCAUUUUAACGAAAAACAACAAAUUGUUAAAGAUAAACGUGCUGAAUUAUCAUCACUUGAACUUCGUUCUGGUACAGUUAAUGCAACAUUAGUUGAACGUCAACAACGUAUGACUGAAAAACAAAAUGAAUUUAAUGAUAUACAAAAUCGAAAAGAAAAAACAAUUAAAGAUAUUUAUGAUAUUGAACAACAAAUAAAAGAAGAAAAUCAUUUAAUAACAAUAGCACGUGAAAAAAUUAAUGAAUUAUCUGUUCAAACUGAUGCACAACAAGAAGUACGUCAAAUAUUGAAUAAAAUCAAAGACGAUAAAAAUACUAUUGAAACUCGUCUUUUAAAUAAACAACAACAAUUAGCACAAAUAAAACUUGAUGUUGAACGUUAUCAACAUACUGUUGAAAGUCAACGAGCUUUAAUUGAUGAAUAUAUGAAAAGUGAACAAAAAGAUUCACAAGUAGCUAUUCAAGAAUUAAUCACUAAAUUUAAACAGCUUGCUGAUAGUCCUGGUAAAUCAGCGCCUUCCGUAAUUAGUAAAAUAGCUUUUCCACAACAACAACAAACUCAGAUAACAUCAACGACAAGUUCCUUUCAAGAUCCAUUUGGUUUACCAGCAAAUGCAAAUAAUACAUUUAAUGCAUUUGGUCGUGCCGAUGAUCCAUUUAGUAGUACUCGAGCUGAUGAUCCAUUUAUUUCAGCAACAGCAACAAAUCAAAAAUUAGACGAUACCGAUCCAUUUCGUCCUGUUGAUUUUAAUGCAGCACAUGAAUUAAUUAAAAAAUCAAUGGCUAGUCGUUCAAAAACACCUGGUGCAAAUAUGUUUGGUGGUCAUGAUUUUAGUCAAGCUGUUGCACCAUCUGCCAAUCGACCACAAUCGGCUACACCAUGGGAACCCACACGGCAAACACCUCCACAACCUGGCACGCAAGCAUUUAAUGACCUCUUUGAUAUUUUCGGUUAA